GAAAGGUUAAGGACAAAGCCAACAAUGCCGUAGUUCUUGACAAAGCAACAUAUGAUAAACUACAAAAAGAAGUACCAACUUAUAAAUUAAUUACACCAGCAGUUUUGGUUGAUCGUCUUAGGGUUAAUGGAUCCCUUGCUCGCAUUGCGAUUCGUGAAUUAGAAGAGAAAGGAAGUAUCC